GUUCUAGGUUCUUUCCCCUUCUAAUCUCCCUGUUAAAUACAUAAGAUAGCUCCGAUACAUUGAUAUUGGUAGGCGUAGGUACCUAACCUUCGAUGUUGCAGGCAAUUCCUUAUUUUUACAUUCAACGUUUCUACCAGUCGGAAGUAUGUACUUGCGGGAUGUGUGAUACACACGCAUAUAGUUAUAUUGGCUAUCAGUCCGACAUGUACAUAUGUAAACGAGCGCAAUUCGACGGCUCCUUUUGGCUUUUUGGCUUUUUUGGCCUUUUGACUUUUUGACUUUCUGACUUCUUGUAUCUUCCUUCAUCGUCUAUUCUCUCUUCUCAAGGAUUUCCGCUCGCUUGUCUCCCUUAAUAUCAUUGCUAUCUUACUCCCGGUUCCAACUACUUUUGCGAAGACAGCGAGUUUUGAUUCUAAUUAUACCCCUUAUGAGUUCGCGCGACAGGGGAUCCAGAUGGGUGAUUUCAAAGCCCGGAUCAAGGCCAAGCUCCUGCGAAGGCACAGCGGUGCUCCUUCGUUGGGCUCCAGCAAGCAUAGCAUCGGCGGGGGUAGAGCUUCCAGCAGCACGCGUACUAACGCAUCUACCACCGGCUACGCGGCCUCGUUAAGUACCGGUGCCGGCGAGGAGAAGGGGAGUAGCGAAAAAGGCCGGGACGCUAAUGGUAGGUCCAGCCAUGGCUCUGAUCACUCUUCUCACGACAGUUCACCGAGCAACGGUGGCAUUGUUGUUGUCGUAGCUCCGAAUCAAGAUGGGGAGUAUAGAAGAAAUGGUCAAAAUGGCCAAAGUGGUCAAAGAGAUGAAAGAGGUCGAGGCCAAGCUGACACGGUUCCACCGGAGCUAGAAGAGGAAGAGCUAGAGCAGCUAGACCAUCUAGAGAAGCUAAAUCAGCCAAACCUAGACCUAGUCAGCAACUCUACCAACCGAAGUAUUGUUCACGGUACUCGCGCUCUUCACGGUCUUCACGGUCUUCACGGUACUGUGGAGGUGGAGGCGAACAACUUUGGCCGAUCUUACACAGCUUCCACUGCUACCGCUACUGCUGCCGCUGCUGCUGCUGCUGCUGCUGCUACCGCUGCUGCUGCUGCCGCUAACGCUCCCACUUACGCUCCCACUUCCCCUUCUCCCGCUGCUCCCACCACCGCCAAGUCGGGAAAGGAUCUACGAGCUUUUUCAAUCAAUUCAACAUCCGUUCCCGUGCCCGUACCCGUGCCUAUACCCAUACCCGCCAUCCCCGAUCCAAAUUUAAAUUCAUACACAAACGCAAACGCAAACACAACUACAACCUCAACCUCAACCUCAACCGCGAAUCUAAAUCCAACCGUCGCCACCACUGCCGCCGCCGCCGCAGCCACCGCAGCCGCAGUCACCACUGCCGUCUCUCCGUUGCCGAGCAUUCACGAACAUCGCCCUGCUGCCUCCACUCUACAGCUGAAGCCGCCCACCGUCGAUCAUCAUUACCAUCACCACCGUGACGAAGACGAUAACAGACCCGCAUCCGCCGGCCGCGCGCUAUCUCCCUUGUCAUCUCCCUCCCGACCCGCAGCCCCGCCGAGACGACAGAGCAUUCUUCCGCAUCGCCAGACUACCUUGAUUAAGACCCUUCUAAACACGGGCUAUGCUAGUGAAAUAGGUUCGCCUGAACCAGAUCAGCUUCUGCCGAUAAGUGGAAAUAUGGUUACGAGAAAGGUCUGGGUCAAAAGACCUCUCGCAUCUCCCACCUUGAUUACGAUAAACGAGGAAGACUUGGUUGACGAUGUCCGCGAAUUAAUUCUACGGAAGUAUGCAAACUCGCUCGGUCGCCAGUUCGACGCUCCAGAUUUGACCCUUCGCAUAUGCGACAGAGAACAGCAGACGACCAGAACAUUACAGCCCGAUGAGCCUAUGGGUAGAACUCUUGAUGCUUAUUAUCCAGGUGGCCAAUCUGUCGACGACGCCCUAUUGAUUGAUAUACCUAGCCGUCGAACUCCCAAGGCCUCCCCGAAUCCCAGGUAUUAUGGCGGCGACGACCGGCCCCACGAAUCGGGAACCGAUUACUUCCCACCAUAUCCCCCCGCUUCUCAACAUCCCAGCGCCUCUUCAGCCGCCGUGAAUGCCGCUCACCAGCUCCAUCUCCCUCCCUCUUUAACCAUCCUCGGUGGGGGUCAGCUACCGCCACUGCCGUCCCCGGGCGGGACGAGGCGGCUCGGAGCAAGGCCCAAGAUCCAGAGGAUGCACACUGCGUCGCCAGUGUCCACCAUUGCCAACGGCCACGCUUCGCAAUCCGCUGCGCCGCCUACCGGUAUGCACAACUACCCAAGACAACCGCGCUCAAGGACUCAUUCAGGUGCAUCUUCAGAACACUCCAACCAUCCGCCUACCGCCCCGUCGAUCCCGACUCCCCCCGUCCCAGAACGAACCGCUACCCCACCUCCGCGUGUAUCUUCCCCCCGACCCAUCAACCGGCCGAAGAAGACCAAGAAGGCGAUCGAGCACCCGUCCUUACCGCCGGGCAUGUUGAACGGCGGCGUCCCACCUAUUAAUGUCCUGAUCGUCGAAGACAAUAUCAUCAAUCUCAAGCUUUUGGAAGCGUUCGUCAAGCGAUUAAAAGUUCGGUGGCAGACGGCCAUGAACGGUAGGGAAGCCGUGAAUAAGUGGCGCGCUGGUGGAUUUCACUUGGUUUUGAUGGAUAUCCAGUUGCCCGUCAUGAGUGGCCUUGAAGCUACCCGCGAGAUCAGGAGGAUAGAGAAGGUUAAUUCGAUCGGCGUCUUCUCUUCCUCUGCUAGUAGUCCCCCGGACGACGUCAAGGCCGAGCCCGCAGAGGAAGAUAAGCUUGUCAACACGGAAAUGUUCAAGAGCCCGGUCAUCAUCGUCGCCCUGACAGCAAGCUCGUUGCAAAGUGACAGGCACGAGGCCCUCGCGGCUGGUUGCAACGACUUUUUAACCAAGCCUGUCAACUUCGUAUGGCUCGAGCGGAAGGUGAUGGAGUGGGGUUGCAUGCAAGCCCUGAUCGACUUUGAUGGGUGGAGGAAAUGGAAGGACUUCUCUCAGAAAGCGGAGGAAGAUGACUCCAAGAAGGCCGCCGCGGCCAAGGGGGCGAAAAUGCCGAAGAAGAACAGGCUGUCUAUGACGGCCGCCGCUUGACAUCCCGCUUCUCGCGCAGUAAACUUGAAUUGAUAGUCUCUAGGAGUGGGAUAUGUUCAUCUAGCCUCUUUCUGCUUCCUUGUAUUAUUGUCAAGCGCGAACAUCCUAUUAUCUAAUAUCAAAGAAUAAGCGUCUCAGCGCUGCAUGGAGCCAACCUGUUUCUAGACGGGAAUUGCUUAGAGAGAGAAGCGCUGUGUUGGAACGUUCGAGUUGGGAACAUUUUUACCAUUUAUUAUUUGGCACCGGCGCGAAAUCAGGGAAGGCAGGCAGGUAACAAAAAAGAUACAAUGGCGAAAUUAGGGCCGGCAAUUUGCCCAGAAUGAUACCACAUUGCACAUAUCCAUAAGCUCGGGGUCACUUGUGCGAUUCCUUCAGUGAUUAGCCUCGCUCGAUGACUCUUUCAAAGACGAGAUAAAUCCUACGUGCUUUUGGUUUCUCUAUAUUUGGUGUUUACAUCCUGCCACUAUCUCUAGCGUGUUUGUUCUCUUAUUUUGAUACCACAUCCGUAUAGCUCGCUGUUUACGAAAAUAUAAUAAGAGUAUACAGUAAAGUUAAGUGGGG